AUGGCUUUGCCACAACCAUCUCCUCCGUCUUCCUCCAUGGCAGCGCCACCGUCUCCUCCGUCAAAGAUCGGCCUCUGGACCAUCCUAUCUGAAUCCAACCGCAUACUUAGGGCGCAACCCCGGAACUUACAAGCUCUAUUACUCCUCUUCCUCCUCCCUUCCUCUUUCUUAUUAUCCCUGUACCCCUUCAUAGCUAAACUCUUCUAUCCCACCAUCGAAUCCCACCUCAGCUCCCUUCAACAAAAUCCAUCCAUCAAACCCUUCAUCCUCAACCUCGUUUACUCCCUCAUAAUCUCCGUCUUCUCCAACUUCUCCUUUGGUUCCAUCACAUACAGCGUUUUCCAUGGCUUUCAUGGUCAACCCGUCAAGCCUUCAUCCGCCAUUAAAGCAGCUUUCACUUCCUUCUUCCCUCUCCUCUCAACUUCAUUUGUACAAUCUCUUAUCAUUUCUGGGAUCGGUUUAAUUCUUGGUUUAGUCUUUUUUGCAUUAUUCAUGGCGAUCCAAGUUUUAGGCUUCCAAGUCAUUUACUCACCGUCUUAUGUGAUUAUCCUUGCUUUUGCUUGUAUGAUCAUUUUCACGUCUGUUUUGUUUUAUUUACAAGUGAAUUGGAUAUUUGCUUUUGUUAUCGUCGUGGUUGAAUCAAGCUGGGGACUUGAACCUCUAAAACGAAGUCGAAUUUUAGUUAAAGGAAUCAAAGGGGUUGCUUUGAAGAUUUUGCUUUUUUUCGGCUUAUGCAGUUCGAUCAAUGUGUUGCGCUCAAUUAUGCAAUCGGGUGAUUCAGCUAGUGAUGAAUAUUGGAAAAGUUGGGACUUUAUUUGGAAUAUUGUCGGCACUACCUCAUUCUACAUGUUGAUUCUGAUUUAUAAUUUGGCUGCAUAUACAGUUUUUUAUGCAUAUUCCAAGGCUGAAGAAUUUGCAGGAGAUUAUGCCAGUUUGCCUUUUGCUGACGAUGGCAAAGUUCCUCAUGUUGUCUCGAUCGUUUAA